GGGUGGAGUAGGAUUCGUACUCGCAAACAGCAAAGCAAACGGAGCUGAAGUCGGUCUUGAUGCUCAUCUCCUUCCAGCAAUCGCGGUGGGCUACAGAGCUGCAAAAGAGAUUAUAAAGUAUAUACAGUCCACAAAGGUGCCAAAGGCCAAUAUCUUUCCUGCCAAAACAGUAUUGCACACUAAACCGGCACCCUUCAUGACGGCCAUGACAAGUCGAGGACCAAAUGCAAUUUCACCUGACAUCCUCAAGGUGGAUAUAGUUGCACCGGGGCUUAACAUAUUGGCAGCAUGGAGUGAGAAAUCAUCACCUACAAACCUCGACAUUGAUCAUAGAGUGGUAAAGUAUAAUAUAUUAUCAGGAACUUCAAUGGCGUGCCCCCAUGUGAGCGGAGCCGCUGCACUUCUCAAGGCCAUUCAUCCUCAUUGGAGCAGUGCUGCAAUCCGAUCAACUCUCAUUACUUCAGCCGGGUUGAGAAACAAUAUGGGGAAGCAAAUAACAGAUGCAAAUGGCCUCCCGGCAGAUCCAUUCCAAUUCGGGGGAGGAUACUUCAGACCAGCAAAAGCAGCAGAUCCUGGGCUGGUGUACAACACCUCUUACUCUGAUUAUCUUCUCUUCCUAUGCGUGAACGGAGUCAAGGGAAUCGACUCAUCCUUUAAGUGCCCCAAACAUGCCCCACUGCCUUCCAGCCUCAACUAUCCAUCCAUAGCAAUACCCAAACUAAAAGGAGUUGUGAUUGUCAAGAGAAUAGUCACAAAUGUUGGUAGCAGCAGAAGUCUUUACUCUUCUAGUGUUACGCCUCCGUUGGGAUUCUCGGUUAAGAUUUCUCCUCCCAUAUUGUACUUCAACCGGACAGGUCAGACAAAAAGAUUUACUGUUACUGUUCAAGCGCGCACGGAUAUGAAGAUGAACAUGGU